CUCCAUUUUGUUUUUUAAUGAUAGUAUCGUGUUCCGUGUUGAACUUUACGAAUUUUGUGGUAAUCUAUAGGUUAUUUUUAGUUUAAUAACUUUGAUGGUUUUUUAAUUAAUACUUAAAUUAUUGAUUCGUAUAACCUUGUAGUACACCGUUUAUUGAAAAAAAUAUGAGUUCAAGACAUAGAAGUCGUUCACGAUCUCGAGAUCGGGAACGGCAUAAAGAACGAGAAAAGGGUAGAGAUCGGGAUCGUGAAAAGGACAGGGAUCGGGAUCGCGACCGUGAUAGAGACCGCGAUCGACAUCGCGAUCGCGAUCGUGAUCGUGAUAGGGAUCGUGAUCGCGACCGUGACCGCGACAGGCAUCGUACUAAAAGGAGAAGUAAAGAGCGCGAUAGAAGUCGCAGCCGGGAAAGGCACAGGGAAAAGAAACGAAGCAGGACUCGCUCUCGAAGUCGCAGUCGGGGCAAAAAAUCUAAAGAUAGAGAUGGCACAAUUGCUUUAUUGGACCAGAUGGUUGGCACCACAACCAAAGCAAUGUCUCGGCAAGUCACCACUAGCAGUAAUGUAAACCCAGCCACUCAAGCUGCUAUUUUGGCAGCUGCGGCUGUUGCACAGCGGCGAAUGGCGGCGCCGGUCCAGCCGGCAGCAGCAGCGGCUGCAGCGCUGUCUGCUGCUACUGCCAUUCCACCACCGACCUCGGUGCAGCAAAAGUUAGAGCAGCUUCAGGCAAGAACAGAAUCCCGGUACAGAGACAAGCUUCCUCUGGAUCAUCACCCAGAUGAUGACAAGGAUGAUGGCCUUGAUGACUUGGACAUAGGCCCUGAGGGCGAAACAGCAGCAGAAAGACGUGCAAGAAGGCGGCGAACGCGAUGGAUGGGUUCCGAGCAUGACAAGACCUUUAUCCCAGGGUUGCCAACUGUAUUACCCUCAACACUCACGAAGGAACAGGAGGAGCAAUAUCUACUUCAGCUGCAGAUCGAGGAGGUGUCACGGAAGCUGCGCUCAGGAGACCUCGGCAUCCCGCACAACGUCGAAGAGAGGUCUCCGUCGCCUGAGCCGAUCUACUCGACGGAUGGCAAACGGCUGAACACGAGAGAGUACCGCACUCGACGCAAGUUGGAGGAGGAGAGGCACAGAUUGGUCACUCGCAUGAACCAAAUCAAUCCGGAGUUCAAGCCGCCCCCAGAUUAUAAACCGCCCAUAAUUCGCGUACACGACAAAGUGAUGAUCCCACAAGAAGAGCAUCCCGACAUCAACUUUGUUGGAUUACUCAUUGGCCCAAGAGGAAAUACAUUAAAAGCAAUGGAGAAGGAGACGGGCGCGAAGAUAAUAAUCCGGGGAAAGGGCUCCGUGAAGGAAGGCAAAGUGGGACGAAAGGACGGGCAGCCGCUUCCCGGGGAAGACGAGCCCUUGCACGCGUACAUCACCGCAACCGCCGCCGACGCGGUCAAACGCGCCGUCGACAAGAUAAAAGAAGUCAUUCGCCAGGGAGUCGAAGUCCCAGAGGGGCAAAACGACCUGCGACGCAUGCAACUGCGCGAACUGGCGCAGCUCAACGGCACACUGCGCGAAAGUGAUGGGCCCCGAUGCGCCAACUGUUCCGCUGUGGACCACAAAACAUGGCUGUGCCCGGACAAGCCGAACGUGACGGGCGCGAUUGUGUGCUCGUCGUGCGGCGGAGCCGGCCAUAUUGCUCGGGAUUGUCGCGCGAAGCGGCCGGGCCAGGCCCCGCCUCCAGCUGCUCGGGCGAAGAUCGACGAGGAGUACCUCUCGCUGAUGGCCGAACUGGGUGAGGCGCCGCCGCCGCCUCAUAUGGGCGGAGGACGUAGACCGAACGCACAACACGCUCAGCCGACGCUCUUCCCGCCGUCGCCUUCUCACCCGCCUCGAGCGAUUAUGCCACCACCGCCAGGCAUGUUUCCACCGCAUCCGCCGCCGCCGCAUCACGCGCCUUGGCUCGGUGCAGGUAGUCAGCCGCCUCCUCCUGGGAGCGCGCCGCCGCCGCCUGCCUUCCCGCCGCCGCCGCAUCACGGACAGGGCGAUGGCUCAGGUCCUGGUGCUAUGCCGCCACCGCCACCUGGUAUGGUAGGAGGUCCUACCUGGCGUGGUGGGUUUCCACCCCCGCCUUGGGCCGCUCCACCGCCACCAUUUUUGGCCCCGCCACCUCCACCGCCGCCCAUCUCGUCCUCAUAAGGUCAACGGCUGUGUGUAUUUACAAAAACAAUUUCUUACAAAACCCCUUAUUCUAAAUGUAAAAAAUACUAUUUGUAUUUUAAAAGUUUCAGGCUAAGAUUAAACAUAACUACAACACAGAAAGAUUGGUUCUCAUAUUAGCUUAUUUCUGAGUCUGUCUUAGAAUUCAAAUUCAUUUUUAGUUACAUACUCAUAACAGCUAAGAGAAACAUUCUUUUUAUUAACUUACUUUUUUCAAUAAAAGGAUUAGUUUAAGGGUUAGUUCAGACUACCCGUCUUAUCCUCAUAGAAUCUAGAAGGACACUUACUAAUGUAAUCUUAUACAAACUCUUAUUUCAUGAGUAAAUAGUUAGAUUUGCUUAGGUAAAAAUAAUGUGUUUGAAGUGAACUUAGCUCAUAUGUAUAAAAUUCUCUGCUUUUGAACUAGGUUUGUGUUUGAAGACAUAUUCUAUUUUUUAGUUAUAGUAAGUCUGUCCUAAAAUCAACUUUUUUCAAAGUAUUAAAAUGCAUUCUAUUUAAUUUUAUGUAUUAUCAUGCAACCUAGCUAAGGAUACUUUCAGUUAAUAAAGAUCAUAGAUUUAAUGUACAUAAAUCUAAAUUUUUAAUUCUUUCUCAGCUUCUGCAAUCUAGAUAAUUUUACUUAUGUUUUGGCGUUGGUACCUUAUGGCGAUAAAAUAAUAAAUUAUUAAUGAAAGGUGCAAAUGAAACAUAUUUUACUUAGAUAUUAUUUUGUUAAUUAAAUAGCUCUUUACAAAAAAUUAAGUAUAAUUUGAAUGCAAUCGCACUCAUAUCAACUGAUCACAACUGAUACAAUAAAUAAAUAAGGAACUUAAA